CUCAGAGGUGAAAACAGUUGUUUACUAUCACUGUUAGAGUGUCCCAUGUUUAAAAUAAAUGAUUGCUCUGAAAAAUGUGCCCGGGAAUUUUAAAGAUUUAUGACACAGGCGGUCCCUAAAGCAACUGAAACAAUGUCAGAAAAUUUCGUGACAGUAGUGUCUGUAGGAGCAAGAGCAAAACAAGAAAUUAAUGAAAACAUAAAUUUUGAUUCUAGCAGCUCGGAUUAUGUAACGGUGUUAACAAUAGGCGAAGACGAAAAUAAAAAAAAUAUUAAAGAUGUUACUGAGGAGGUCAUAGUUUACAGAUUACCUGGGGAAAGAUUGGGAUUUGGAUUAAAAUUUGAAGGAGGCACUAAAGCUAACGAAUUUGUCAAACGGUUAUUCAUCCAAUCAUGUGCAGCUAAUAGUCCAGCAUCAAGUGUUAAAAGUUCGUGGGGCAAAUUAACAGAAGGAGAUGAAGUUUUGGAAAUUGACUCAGUUUCUGUUAAUACUAUGACCAGAAUAGAUUGCGUAAGAUGUCUUAAAGAAUCAAACGUUGCCAUAAAACUCCUAGUGCGACACACUUACGAAAACGAAGCUAAAGCCAAGACAGUAAUACCACCAUUAGUAAUAAGCGCCGAAGAAAAACGAGUACUGCCUCCUCCACCACCUGUACCACCCAGAAAAAUAUCCAGAAAACUACUCAAAAAUAUAAAUAACAAUAAACCUAAAGAAUCAACAGAUAAUGUAGAUUCCAGAACAGUAGAAUCUAACAAGCAGAAGAAAUUACAGUCUCCGAGAAGCAGUAUUCGAUCAUACAACUCUCCAGAUGUAUCAAGACGAGACAGAAGGUUUUCUGAUGGGAGUCUUGGUCCUCCAGAUGCUGAAAUAUACGUCGAUCUCUUCCUUCAGGAAUCUACUCAGAGCUUGAGCGAAUCUGAUGAAACAGGCAGUACGAUUUCUACUGUUAUUGAUCGUUUUGGUUCAUUUCCUACCACAACAACUUCUAGUUUUUCUGGAAGCUUACCCUCAACUCCAACUGCAGUACAAAGGGAAUUGGAUAUUUCGAACAUAAAUAUUUAUGACGAUGAAGACAGCUUGGUGAUUAUAAAAGGAUUAGGAAAACCUACAUCACUACCUAGAGAGGAAAAUAAUAACAUUAUUUUAGAUUAUAUAAAUCCCUUAUGUUUCCAAGAUGCACCUUUGAGUUACGGUAAUGAAAGCACAAAAAAUAUAAUUCCUGAUGAAAUUGAUAGCAUUAAAGAAGAAUCAGUUAUAGCAGAUGAAGUUAAACCAGUGUUGAAGAAACCACAAGUACCUCUAAGAUCAAAAGAUAGUCAUUUAAUUUCAGAAAAAAAUGAAGGAAGUAAAAAGAUCCUAGAAAAUCUUCCAAGGCUAGUCGAUUUUGUACCAAAAUCUGUAAAUGGAAAUGGAAUUAAAGAAAUCGAAAACUCUGAAAAAGCGAUGAAUAUGUUUUUAGAUAACGAAAUGUAUAAAGCAGAUUUUGAUUAUUACGAAAGGGAAAAUGAUACCGUUGAUAAUUUUUCUAAUGGUGUCGAUUUAUACAGUUCAAAAUGGAGUUUAUCGUCUCAAUUAGCUACAAUAGGCGAGGUUGAAGAAGAGGAGAAUUCCGACUUUAAUUUCAACAGACCUCCUUUGAAGUCAACACCCGUAGUAAUAGUGGAAAAUACUGAUAAAAACGAGGAAACAAAAAAUCCCGAAGACGAGGAUGUAGAACUGAAAACUAAAGAAACUAAUGGAAUUAUGGAAACUCUACCAAGUGACCCCAGAGAGCCACCAGAUGGACAUGAGUUUCCAGAUUUCAUAGAGAUGCACAGCGAAUCCCUUGAUGAAAAUUACUACUUCAAAAAAGAGCCCCACAGCACAGCCUUCGAUGCCGAUUUUUCGAAACCAGACUUUUCUAAACAAAGUGGCCUAAUUAACAGCCAAUCUGUAAGCACUUCAAGUACUGAUUUGAGACCAAAAAUAUCAACGGAGGAUUUGAGCUUUAACAAAUUUGAAUCUGAAUCGAACUUGCUUCAUACAAGAUCACAAAGUUUAAUAGAUGUAUCCGCCUUAAACAAACAAAAAUAUACUAAGUGGAAUCAGAUGUUCGAGCAGAGAAGAAAAGGUCUUUCAAAAUUGAAGGGUCUCGUAAUACCAGAAGCAGUUGAAAGUGAUUUUUUAUCAAAUGUGAAUAUACCAGAAAUAAAAAGCCAAACCACACCAGCAGCAGCAGCAGCAGUAUUUUGCCCGGUGCCAAAAUUAGAUACUAGUUUCCAGGCAGCAGAAGAACUUUCUUCGAGCCACCUUGAUUUAAUCAAAUCUUCAGUAGUAAUGCCGUCUUGGUCCUCAAAUUCUUCAAGCAACGUUCCAAAAUAUUCGCCAGCAUUUAGGAGAAAAAGUCUGCAAGUAUAUCUUACAAGUAUUAAUAAAAGUGAGAAUAGUGAAUAUACGAAUAACGUUGAUUAUAUUAAAUCUUGUGAUAAAAGUAGUCCAAAAGGAAGUAAAAUUAACGACGAUGAUUUAAAUCCGCCAAAAUCGUUAGAAAGCAUUUCGUCUCCCACUAGAUCCGAUUGCAGUUUUGACUAUGUAAGUUCAAAUAAAAAAAGAAACAAAUCCAGUACUGAUAUUUUCCAAAAAUCCCCAAGUGGAAAGGGAGAAGACGAAAGUGAUAAUGAUUCGGCUGUAAGUUCUAGCCAAUCUAGCUAUAACUCCAGAUAUUCUCCACCACCUUCACCUACCAGAUCUUGUGAAUUGAAUAAUUACUAUAAGAAAAUAGAUGAGGAUGACAGUAGUUCUAAAAACCGAUUGCUAAAACCAUCUAGCGUUGAAGCAAUAAACAGAAAGAACAUCUUAGCUUCUGCAAAAUGUAGAAGUGGAAAGGAUUUGAAAAUAGGUUCACCAGUCAUAAGAAGAAAACAAGAAGAAACGCAAGUAACUGAAAUUCAACAGAACGGUAAUGAGGUAGAAGAAAAAUUGAUAGUAAGAGAAACUAUAGCAAAUGAACAGCCAUCAAAUGUAUCUGUUACAUUUGAACCAACAAUUCAAGUCGGAAUUAGUAAUCAAGAAAAACCUACGAAACUUCUGACAUUACAAUUAGCAAAACCGUCAAAAGAAGUACCAGAUGCUGCUAACACCGUACCAUCUUCAAAAAUAAUCUUGAAGCAUAUUUCCCCAAUAAUACCAGACACCAAAAAAAUAGCCAUGUUCAAUAUUAACUCCAAAUCAAGGAAACUAGCUCCAAUUAACGUUAAAUCACUGAAACAAAGUUUCGAAAACCUGACCUCAUCACUUCAUGUGCCACAAAAAGUUCCUGUUUUUAAACCUAUCGUGAAAAAAUGUAGUAAAGUAGAGAAUGCCAUAGUCGAUAAUAAAGUUUCAGCCUGUAGUAAUGGAACCGUUCAAGAGUCUAGAGUGGACAAAAUUCAAAUUCCCACAUCUCAGAAGACAAGAUCAGAUGUGGAAAAUAAGUCCAUUGUUUUGAAACCUGAUUCAAAUGGGACUAGUUUGGGAAUAAGUAUAUUUGGAGGAGCAGAUGAAAAUAAAGAUAUCACGAUCAAUCGCAUAAGAUAUGCUAGCAUAGCGUACAGUGAUGGUCGUCUUAAAAAAGGAGAUAAAAUCAUUUCUAUAAAUGGAAUACCUACCAGAGGAAUGACCCACCAGGAGGCGCUAGAUUUACUGAAAAAACCUACUAAUGAAAUUACCAUUGUGAUUGAAGAAGGAAAUGACGUAGUACAUUCCCCUGCAAUUAGCAGCAGUGAUAUAUUAUCUAAAAGACCAUAUUCUAUGCACUAUACUAAAUCUCCACCAGCAUCAUCGAAAGAGGAAAUUAAGAAGGCUAAUCAUGUAAUAACAAUAAUGAAAGAUGGAGCAGGCCUUGGUUUCAGUAUUGAAGGUGGAAAAGAUUCGCCAAACGGAGAUGUGCCAUUACUUGUUAAAAAAAUAUUUACAGGUGGUGCUGCUGAAAAAUCUGGAGAAUUAAAAGUUGGUGAUCAAUUAAUUCAAAUAAAUGAAAUCAUAUUAACUAGUCUCACUAGAAUCGAAGCUUGGAAUGCAAUGAAAAAAAUCGCUGAUGGUAAAAUCAAUAUACACGUCUACAGAUAAGUUCCAUGCCCGAGAAGAUUUAUUUAUAUUCCAUUUAAUAUAAAACUCAAUCUUGCCAAAAUUAUUAAAAAUAUUUGUACUUAUGUAAACUAAAUUUAUCAUUUAUACUUUAUGCAUUUUUUUUUUUUUUUUCGUUAUAAUUUUAUAUAUAUUUUAUAUAAACGCUUUGUGCAAUAAAUUAUUUAUAUGUAUUUAUGCUGUACAUAUCUAUUCGUUUAAUAAAUUUUUAUUAAAA